UUCUUCUUCAUCAUAAUAAAAUUAAAAUUGCUUCCCUUCAUUUUUCUCACUCCAAAAAAUGGGAUCUACAGAAAGACCAAAGAAAAGAGCUCACCUCUGCAAAAAAGCCAUUCUCCAUUUCUCCCUCUGCUUCUUCAUGGGCUUCUUCACCGGCUUCGCUCCAACCGCCACCACAAAAUCCUCCAUUUCCGCCGCUCUCUCCAACACAACCAAACUCCUUUCUCCGCAUAAAACUUCGAAUUUCAGCCGGAAUCAGGCGGCAGAACCACCACCGCCGCCGCCGGCAAGGAAAAGAAGAGAUCAGGAGGAAUUAGCGAAGAAGAUCCUGCCGCCAAGAAGGCAGCUUAUCAUCGUGACUCCGACGAGCAGUAGCGAUAGGUUUAGAGAAGUAGGGUUGAGGAGAUUGGGGAACACGAUUCGGCUUGUUCGUCAGCCAUUGCUGUGGAUUGUGGUGGAGGCGAAGAGAGAUUCGAGUAAUGUGGCGGAGAUUAUGAGGAAAACAGGGAUUAUGUAUAGACAUUUGGUUUUCAAGGAGAAUUUUACGGAUUCAGAGGCGGAGAUGAAUCAUCAGAGGAAUGUGGCUUUGAAACACAUUGAACAUCAUCGGCUUAGUGGAAUUGUUCAUUUUGCUGGACUUUCUAACUUUUAUGAUCUUCGAUUCUUCGAUGAGCUCAGGGAAAUUGAGGUGUUUGGGACAUGGCCAAUGGCACUGGUGACAGCAAACAAAAAAAAGGUGGUAAUUGAAGGGCCUGUUUGUGAUUCUUCUCAAGUAAUAGGAUGGCAUUUGAAAAAAAUGGCUAAUCAAACACUGCCUAAACCCCAAAUCCAUAUUUCCAGCUUUGCUUUCAAUAGUUCCAUUCUUUGGGACCCUGAGAGAUGGGGUAGAACUUCUUCUGUCCAAGACACUUCUCAGAAGUCUGUCAAUUUCGUGAAACAAGUAGUACUUGAAGAUGAAGCGAAACUAACCGGCAUUCCUUCGGGAGAUUGCUCAAAAAUCAUGCUAUGGUCUCUUCGUACGUCCUCAAAAACUCCACCAGCCAAUCAGCAGAUGCCACCUGUAGAUGAUGUCAGCCAGAUUCCGUCACAGCAGGGGACAUAAUAAAGUUGACUCCAAAGUCAUCCGACGGCACAAAGAUUCCAAAAUUAUUUGUGGAAAGCAUAGAUUCGCCCAUCCAACGGUCUUUAAUAUUUCCGAUUUUUAAUUCAUUUUCUUUUCCAGAGAAUUUUUAAUAGGUUCAGUAUAUAAUGUUCCUCAGUUGUAAUUUUUAAUUGGUAAUUAAAACACAAAUAGGUUGAUCUGCUGAAGCCCGGUGGGCUGGUGGUCGACUCUGUAAAGCGGAAGUUUCCGGUGCUUUUGAACUUGAAUUUUGGGGAUGACUUCGAAAAUGGUGGCAAUUUCAAUAAAAGAUAUUUGAAUUCUAAA